AUGCCCGCCAUCCCGGUUUACAGCGCCAGCCCUAUCUCGGCCUCCAAGGCAUCAGGCCUUACGCCCCAGACAAAGUCCCCGGAACCAGGACCAAACCAGGAGGCGGCGGGGAUAUACGCGCCGCCCGCUACCGUUAGCCAGCAAGGACACCCGCCAGCGCAGCCGCAGCCCGGUGCGGUUCCGUUGCUCGCCGUGCAGACACCAGCGCCUCAGCCGUUUCCCAACUUCCAGGCGAGCCCGGCGCCGACGCCGACGCCGACGCCGACGUCGACGGUUCAGCUCGCCAACCCCCCCUUUCCGCAGCCAGGCGCCGUUCCCGUCCCACCCGGGAGAGCAACGAACAUUCCUCCACCGCCCAAGGCGGGAGAGACAUGGCAGCCCGCGGAGACGGCGCAGGCCACGACGAUGCCGAUGCCGCACCAGAUGUCCUAUCAGCUGCCCGCCGCCACCCGGCAAGCUCCCGGCCGUUACACAGCGCCGGCCACGUCGCAGGCGGGAGGAGGCUACCCGGUGUUUCCGCAGGGAGGCAACUCCUCCGACGGCUUCUCUCACCCUUCUGGAUAUCAGCAAGACGUUCAUGCGUCGGAGCUCAACCACAACGUUCGAUCAGGUCACAAUCAGGCAGCGUACCAAUACUCCAGCAUGGCCUCUGCCGAUCAGGAGGAAUCGCAGUCCGGAGCAUGGUGGAAUUCGGCCAAGAAAUGGGCCGCGUCGGCAGGAGAGAGCCUCGCGGCGGCGGAGAACGAAGUUUGGAAGAGAAUCAACAAGGAGUAA